AUGGGACAGGUGCUGGACAGACUACAAGGUAAGCAAUGGAGGCGAAAGCAAAUACAAAAGAUUACAGACAAGGUGUUUGAUCAUUUUAAAAAUGAGUCAGGAAGGGCUAACUUGACAUUUGAAGAUCUGUACAUUGGUGUACUACUUGUGUACAAUGAUAUCAAUAAGCGUUUACCUGGCCCACAUUUUGAUCCACCCUCCAAAGACCAUGUCAAAGCUUUGCUUCAGGAAACCGAUAUCAAUCUCGAUGGAGAAAUUGACCGUGAAGAGUUUACGAAGUUCAUCAAGCAGCUGACAGCCGACACAUUCAUUGUAGUCAGUCAGGGACUGAUCCUGACAUUGGUUGCAGCACCAACAAUUGCAAUGGCAACGAAGAGGGCUACAGAAGGUGUACCAGGCAUUGGGAAGGUGGUGCAGAGGUUACCCAAUUCAGUUUAUGCAUCCCUUCUGACUCUUGCUGUUGUCUUGUUUCAGCAAGCGAGCCAAGAGUUCUAA